ACAGCAGCCAUUUGGACGUUUCCACUGAGCAUUCAUCCUGCUGCACAUGUCCUUCUCCUCCUCCUCCACCCCCAACCUCCACCUCCUUGCUUGAAAAAAAUAAUGCCACCACCAGGCCAGGGAGGGCUCAUCCAAUGAAAAAGUGGGAGUGCUGCACCAUGUCAGACGAUUGGCUGCUCUGGCCCUAAGCAGACUUGGAGAGAGCCUGCAGCUCAGGGAUUAGAGAUGAUAUAGACCCGUCGGCAUCUGUCCUUCCACAAUGGUUGUGCCUGAAUCUCAGGACAAAAUGUAUUACCCUCCUGAUGACAUGAAGAGGGAUGCUCAUGUGCCUGAUUUCAACUCCUAUCUGGCACUGUACAGGAAGUCUCUUGAGAAUCCAGAAGCUUUCUGGAAAGAGAUUGCAGAUGAGUUCUUUUGGAAGAAGCCAGCAACAGGACCAAUGAUGCAGUACAACUUUGAUGUGACAAAAGGGAACAUUUAUGUCAAAUGCAUGGAAGGGGCCAAAACCAACAUGUGCUAUAACGUAUUGGACAGGCUUGUGAAGGAGAGGAAUCUCGGUGAAAAAGUUGCCUAUUACUGGGAGGGGAACUCACCCGACCACCACCUGGCCAUCACCUACCGCCAGCUGCUGAGCCAGGUCUGCCGCUGUGCUAAUGCCCUCAAGCAAAUGGGUGUAAAAAAGGGAGACAGGGUGUCUAUCUACCUUCCCAUGAUCCCAGAGCUGGUCUACACCAUGCUGGCCUGUGCAAGGAUCGGAGCUGUGCACUCCAUUGUGUUUGCAGGUUUCUCCUCUGAGUCGCUGUGUGAGAGGAUCAUGGAUGCUCAGAGCUGCGUCCUGGUGACGGCAGAUGGUGUUUAUAGAGGAGAGAAGCUGAUCAACCUGAAACAGAUUGCGGAUGAAGCUCUGGAGAAGUGCCGGGAAAAAGCGUCAUCUAGUGUCACUAAAUGCCUCGUCGUCAAGCACCACGCACUGAGGACGAAAAGCAGAGCAGCAAGCAACAAACUACAGACCCCCUGGGACUCAGAGUGCGAUGUGUGGUGGGAUGAGGCGAUGAGAGACUCUCCUGAAGAGUGUGAACCCGAGUGGCUGGAUGCUGAGGACCCUCUGUUCAUCCUCUACACCAGCGGCUCCACAGGCAAACCCAAGGGCGUCCUCCACUCUGUUGCCGGGUAUCUGCUCUACACAUCGCUGACCUUCAAAUACGUCUUCGAUCAUCACCAUGACGACGUGUACUGGUGCACAGCCGACAUCGGCUGGAUCACCGGCCACUCCUACAUCACCUACGGCCCCCUUGCGAAUGGCGCCACAAGUGUCCUGUUUGAAGGUGUUCCAGUCCACCCUCAUGUCGGCCGGUUCUGGGAGAUUAUUGAGAAGUACAAAGUGACCAAGUUUUACACAGCUCCUACAGCCAUUCGCCUGCUGAUGAAGUACGGACGGGAGCCGCUGCAGAAGUAUGACCUCUCCACCCUGAGGAUUCUGGGUACUGUUGGCGAGCCGAUCAACCCGGAGGCGUGGCAGUGGUACCACGAGGCCGUCGGUCAGGGCAGAUGUCCCGUGGUCGACACUUUCUGGCAGACGGAGACCGGCGGCCAUGUUUUGACUCCUCUUCCUGCCGCCACGCCGCUGAAACCAGGCUCUGCUACCUUUCCUUUCUUCGGGGUCGAGCCCACAAUCCUCAACGAACACGGAGAGGAACUGGAAGGCGAGGCUGAGGGUUAUCUCGUAUUCAAGAGGCCCUGGCCUGGAAUAAUGCGCACUGUGUACAGAAACCACGAACGCUUCGAGAACACCUACUUCAAGAAAUUCCCGGGUUUCUAUGUAACUGGUGAUGGCUGCAGGCGGGAUAAAGACGGCUAUUACUGGAUCACAGGGCGAAUAGACGACAUGCUGAAUGUGUCAGGCCACCUGAUGAGCACAGCGGAGGUGGAGGCGGCUCUGACGGAGCACCAGGCUGUGGCGGAGGCCGCGGUGGUGAGUCGGCCUCACAAGGUGAAGGGCGAGUGUCUCUACUGCUUCGUCACCCUCAAGAGCAGCAGGGAGUUUAACCACACGCUGGUGGAGGAGCUCAAGACUCUGGUGAGAGAGAAAAUUGGACCAAUCGCCACACCAGACUUCAUUCAAAAUGCUCCAGCGCUCCCAAAAACACGCUCAGGGAAGAUCAUGAGGCGAAUCCUCCGGCAGAUCGCCCGCAACGACAAGGACCUGGGCGACCUUUCGACCCUGGCCGACCCGAAGGUGGUGGAGGUGCUGUUUAGCCAGAGGUGUGAAGCUGCAGCCUGAGCAGACAGCUCACCCCAUCCAGAUGAAGGCCUUCACAAACUGCUGGUCCUGGAUCAGCAUCUGAGCGUGCGCUCUUUGGGACUGAAUGAAGGGGCUGGGAUCAGAAAAUUAUACCACUAACACUGAGAUGUUUAAAUUUGUUGUUAAAUUUGUAAAAAGAAAGUGAGUCAAAUCUGUUGUUGCUGUUCUGGCCAAAAUGGGCCAAAAAAUAUCUUUUAUAUUUUCUAAAAAGUCUCUUAGUUCCACGUCUCAUAUGGAAAAUCUUGAAUUUUAAAAGUCAGCUCGUUUUCAACUGACAACUGAUGUAUAUUUUCAAUCUGUGAUGCAUUUCCAUCACCUGAGAAUAAAGUGUUAAAUCUG